UGCCUGGAUAUGGGCGAGCUGCGCUCCCUUGCUUGCGACGCUCUCCUGCAGGAGAGCUUCUACCAGAAUAAGAAGCGGCCGUUCCUCUACCGCGAUCAGGAUCAUACGCCCGGCCCGUUCCUUACGCAGCUUGUUUCCACCCUCGCUGCUUUCCUGUCCGGUCGCAACCCGCUGCUGGCUGCCUCCUCCCUUGAUCUAAAACCCGAAGUUAACUAUUACUGGCAUCAUGGCGAGGAAGUUGUUGUUCAUGGGUAUCGAAAGGGUAGAGUUGAUCCUGUGCGAUUUCAGAUAGAUGAUAAGCCGCACCUCCAGAUCCGUGUACCAAAGCAGCUUCCUGAGAUUGUACCACUGGAGUCAGAUCUUGGAGAUGUUCCCAUUAUUGACCACAAACCAUCCAAACUGCCGUUGUUCAAAAAGCAGUAUGAAAACAAGGUAUUUAUAGGAUCAAAGGUAGCAGAUCCGUGCUGUUAUGGACACACUCAGUUUCAUCUUAUUCCUGAUAAACUAAACCGGGAGAGGUUUGUAAGAGCACAUCUUGAGGAUCAGAUUGAAGUUCUUUAUCGAGCUAAUGGUAUUGCAAGUCUCUUUGCCUGGACAGCGGCACAAGCAAUGUAUCAAGGAUUCUGGAGUGAAGCAGAUGUGACCCGUCCUUUUGUAUCACAGGCAGUAGUGACUGAUGGAAAAUACUUCGCUUUCUUUUGUUACCAGCUAAAUACUUUAGCACUAACUGUAGAAACUAUUCAAAAUAACCCUCGGAAGAAUAUCUGUUGGGGUACAGACAGUAAGCCAUUGUAUGAUGUUGUGGAAGAUGGUAGUGUGAAAGGCUUUAAUGAUGGAGUUCUGCUUCAGUUGGUUCAUUUUCUGUUAAACAGGCCGAAAGAGUUGUAAAUCAUUAAACAAUAAAUAUUCCUGUUUAUGUGCCCGAACUUAAUUGUAAGUCCAUGAAGUGUGGGCUAGAAUAUGCUUUGUUCUUAGUCAAGUAUUUGUCUGGCAAACACCAUACACAUCUUUUAUGAUGUU